AUGAGUGAUAAUUAUACUCCUCUUCAUGUUGCUGCUUAUAUUGACAGCAAAGAUAUGGUAGAAAUUCUUAUUUUACAUGGAGCAGAUAUCAAUUCAAAAGAUAAUAAUGGCUGGACGGCACUUCAUAUUGCUGCAAGAAAUAAUAGCAAAGAUAUCGCAAAACUUCUGAUUUUGCAUAACGCAGAAAUUAAUGCAGAAGAUAAUAAUGGGUUUACUGCUCUACUUAUUGCUGUAACUCAUAAUAGCAUUGAAACACUAAAACUCCUUAUUUCAAAUGGUGCGGUGAUUAAUCAAGGAACAAAACCAACUUUAAUCCAAUUGAGCAUGAAUUAA